AUGGUCAGGCUCCUGGCUGCGCCAGGCUCGGCGGACGUCAUGCGGUCCAGCCAGGUGGACGCCUCCCGUCUGGACGAGGAAUUGAGCCUGAUGCUGCGUGAGCAGUUCCUGGGAGCCUUCUCCCUCUUUCCACGGGGCACAGUGACCGCACACCUGCCCGAGAUCCAGCUGGCGUUGGAUGCCCUGAUCUUCUACCUGUCUGUCUGGAAGGACGCCCCCCUCCCCGGCAUGGCCCUCAUGAACCUACGCUUCCGGGACGAGCGCGCCGUGCCCCACUCCGCCUCUGGAGUCGGGGGACCCGGCCUGGCCAGGUCCCAGAAGGCGAUGUAUGGCCUGGGAGCGGUACUCCUGCGGUACGCCUGGGCCCGCGCCGGUCACGCCGCGGCGUCGGGCGGCUCGGACGGGGACGGCGGCUGGCGGGCGACAGCCUGGCAGGUGAUGCGCCGCGCCGAGACCGCAUACCGCCUCGCAGCCCUCGUCAACGCCAUUGCGUUCCUGAGGGCGGGCAAAUACAGGACGUUGCUGGAGAGGCUGAUCGGUGCCCGGCCGGUGUAUGUGCAGACCCAUGCCCCCCGCGCCAUCUCCUACGAGUACUUGAACCGGCAGCUGGUGUGGGGGGAGCUGUCCGAGCUCCUGCUCUUCGUGCUCCCCCUGUUCAACCUGGCCAGCGUCAAGCGCUCGCUGCGGCGCCUGCUCCCGCAGCCCGCGGCGCGGGGCGGCGCAUCGGGGCGGCAGACCGCCUGCGGGACCUGCGGCGCGGCCUUCCCCCUGCUCACGCCCGCCGCCGCGCUGCCCUGCGGCCAUGUGCACUGCUACUACUGCCUGCGCGCCCGGACGCAGGCGGACGCCCUGUGCGAGUGCGGCGUCUGCGGCCGGCGCGUGCAGGCCCUGUGCAGGUUGGGCCGGGGGCAGGUGGCCACCGCCCCUGCUGGCCUGGGUGGUGUGACCAAGGCAAUCCCCACUGGCAUGCAGAGUGCGUUGCUUGCUGGCCUGCCCGGGCCGCUGCGAUGA